AUGGCGAGUUCGGAACUUUUCAGUGUUGAAAAAAAGCCCUCGGAAUAUAAAUCCUACGUUUGUGUGCUAUCGGAUCGAGAUCGUCAGCAGGCUAAGUUGACACUGGGAGAGGAUGAAGCUGUACGGGAGAAGGCCCUGCAACAUAUGCGCGAUUGGAUAGCGCGACAUCAGCACAUCAAAAAGUGUCGUACCGAUCCGCUGUUCCUGUUGAGGUUCCUGAGAGCCCGAUCGUUCAAUCUUCCGGAUACAUGCGAAAUGUUGGAGAGGUACCUAUCGAUGCGGCAGGUGUUCAGGGUUUGGCUCGAAAAUCUGGAUCCGGAGGAUAAAUACAUGAAGCAAUUGGUGGCGACUGAAGGGGCGCUCCCACUAGGACUCGAUGCUCAGGGACGAAUGGUGGCCCUGGUUAAGGUUCGUAACUUCGAUGCCACCAAGUACAGCUGCUAUCAUUUGGGGCGAUUCACACAUAUGGCGCUGGAAUCAUUCUACGAUGAUGAGCAGGUUCAAAUUGGGGGUGGGGUCACGAUCAUCGAUUGUCAGGACGCUAGUAUGGCACAUUUCACAAUUUUCAAGUUGUCCGAUAUUAAAAACUUUAUGGAGUGUCUAAAGUAUGCUCUCCCCGUGAGAGUGCAGGAAGUUCACGUGAUCGGACUGCCUCGGAUAGGCGCCGCUAUCGGUGAUCUUAUUCUUAACUUUGCCAGCGCUGAGAUGAAGCAGAGAAUAUUUUUCCAUACUGAAAUGGCCGACGCAAUAAAAAUGUUCGAUUUGUCAUUGCUACCAAUCGAAUAUGGCGGAACACAAGACGCGAGGGACAUUACCGAGCGAUUGAGGAAGCGUCUGAUUAACAGUAGAAGUUCAUUGGUGCAAUUGGACGAACUGGAGAUUGAUGAAUCUCAAUACGCUGAGUUUUGGAAUCAAAGAAAGGGUGAUGAUGUAGAGUUUGGGAUGGAAAUUGAUUGAAAUAACAAUUAUUAAAGCUGAUGCUAGAUUUCAUUCGGUAUAUCGUCAGAUAAUAUCUCUACAAUAAAAUU